GGCGAGGGCGGGCCAGGAGCGUGCCCUGCCUGGCCCCUCGAGCGCGCCCGCUCCUGCCGGCACCGACGGCCUCGGCCGCCAGGCGAAGCUGGCUGGGGGGUUCGGGAUCCUCCCUGAAGAUGUGAAGGUCCCGCUUGUGCUUCACCCCUUACCUCCUGGAACCCGCAUAGAGAUCCCAGGCCUUCCGCCGUCAGAGCUGAUCCAUGGGACUAAAGUGCCGGUGAAACCACAAGUGCCGCUUAAAAUGCAGCCGUUACCGGAGCCGUCAGUAAAGAUCGAAACUAAAAACGUUCCCUUCACAGUGCUGCCCUCCAACUCAGGAAUGCCAGAUACUCCGUUUAGCAAGGACAAAAGUGGCCACGUAAAACGUCCAAUGAACGCAUUUAUGGUGUGGGCUAGAAUUCAUCGGCCUGCCCUAGCAAAAGCUAACCCAGAUGCCAGUAAUGCAGAUAUCAGUGUUCAGCUUGGAUUGGAAUGGAGCAAACUGACUGAAGAGCAGAAACAGCCCUAUUAUGAUGAAGCCCAGAAAAUAAAACAAAGGCACAGAGAGGAAUUUCCUGAUUGGGUUUAUCAACCACGACCAGGCAAAAGGAAGCGCUUGGUGCCUUCCAGCCCUUCUCAGAGUAUCAUCACUACGAAUUCAGCUGGCAUUUAUCCCUUCCAAUCACCUGCUUAUUCUGUUAUCAUCCCCAACAUUAAUAACAGUAUUGGACAUCCAGUCUGUGAAGUUCCUUCUGCCAUCCGUCUGCCGGCUCCUGCCAUUCAACAUGCUGCUCCAAUUGCUUUUUUCCAGACUACUAGUGCAAGCACCACACCAGUACCUGUUCCAGCUCCAGUCUUGGCCCUACGCCCUGUAAUUUCACCACAGCACUUUGCUCACCCUGUUCAGACAGGAGCUCUUGGUGUGCCAUCUGGGCUCAAUUGCUCUCUGAGGAGACCUGCACCAGUUUUAAUUGAGAGCUUCAGCAGAAACCCAAGUAACAUAACCACCACUAAUGGCAGAUUUUCUGUCUCUAAUAAUGAGCCCCCAAGGGAGUACCCAGGGGUUUCUAUUUUUCCUAGAGGUGUACCUCUUCCCCAAGCUACUCCUUUUCUUCACCCACAUCUUUAUGGAUCUCCCAUUGGUCAGCCAGCCAGUCUGUUUGGAGUACCUCCUCGGUUUGCAUUUCACCACCCUUACUUUUUACCUGGACCUCACUGUUUCCCCUCAAGCACAUGCCUGUUUGGCCGACCUCCAUUUGUCUAUGGGAAUUUCUGCAGCUCAGUGCCUGAAUACCUUGGCUUUUAUGAAGAGAGGUACCAAAGACAGGAGGUGAUGUUUCCAGCUCUGAAUGGAAACUAUUCUUUCAGACAAUACCUGGGAGAAGGCAUACGUGAGGACCGCAGCAGCUAUGAGAGCCUUGCAGAAGUGUCCUCUCACAACAGCUGCAACGAGGAGCGGUGUUUAAGCCCCCUACCACAGCUGGAUGUUGCAACGUUGGAGGAGGUUUUGUCAGCUACUCCAUCUAGUCCCUCCAGCGUCCACCUAGUCAAUGUAACUGACAGUGAUGAGGAAGAAGUAAAGUUGUUGCAUGAAUUGUAA